CGCCCCGUUCGUUAGCCUUCGUUUUUUUACGGACACGGACUGAAGUAGUGGCGCCCCUCGGUCCUCCCUUCAAAAGGAGACGGAGCAGCAACUGAGGCCACCAGACUCAUCCGUUUUCAUUUCUGGAUUAUAAUUAACUUUUUGAAAAGACUGAAUCCAAUAUGGGCACCAACCCAAAGAGGACAGUGACAGUGCAGAUGGUUCCUCAGCUGGCCUCGGUGGACACGCUGGGCAAUAAGGAAUCCAACGCCAACUGGGCCAACGAACCUGCCCUCACGCCCCUCUGCCCAGACCCCAUCCUCGCCGCGCCGGAUCGCACAUCGGACACCGUUUCUAUGGAUACCGCCAAUAUCACCGCGUCAAAAAUAAGCGCGACGAAAUCGGAUGGGACGGCCGGCACGGUUGCCGCUGACAAACCCACCAACGGGAGCGCGGGGGAGGCCGUCGUGAGGGCAAAGGAACACCAACCGGAUCUGUCGUGUGUCGUAAAGGAUGCGAACGCCAACACGACAGAGAUGAAGUUGGAUACACAGAUCAAUGACUGUAAGGUAAAAGACGCAGAAGAGGUAAAAACGCAAAUUAGCGCGGGGAAAAAUGUGUCUAGUCAAAACGGAAAUACGGAUAUACGGGAUACAGACAUGGCAACGCAUGACGAAUUUAUCUCAUCGCCGCCGAAGCAAAACGUGGAAUCUGCGGUCACAGCUAAAACCGAAACCACAGCUACUCCGAAAACUUCCACGCAACAAACCACCACUACGUCUUCGCAAAUCACCUCCGCCGUCGCAACGAACCAGUUACCCAGCAGCGAUCCGAGCCCCCCAGCGGCCGCGAAGGUGGGACCGGACCAACCCCCGACCCCCAAGCGCUACACCGAAGCGUCCACUAUGACCUCAGAACCUCCGCCGGCGCCGCCCGCACAGCGCCACGACAUGGAGGUCCAAGCCGUCGCCCACACGUGCACGAGAGGCGUAUGCACCAGCCCCAGCUUGCUCCCUUACGCGCCACGUCCGAGCAUAGACGCGGGGGUGAGCGCCGGCCAGUUUGGGACGGAUUCGGAUAAGCUGACGGUGGAGGCGGAGCUGUGUCCUCGGCAAAGCGGCGGCGACCUGGGAGCCAAACCUAAAGACGGUUCAGCGGCGCCUCUAUGCAACACGCAGCCAGUCUAUCAAAUCAACAUUGAACACAGUAAACACAAAGAAGAAGCUGGUAAUCAAAAAGAGACGAAUGCUGAAGCGCCCAGUUCUAAAUCGGAGGGGUCCCAAGAGAAAGGAAAGGUCAGUGCCCAGUCCGGAAAUGCUGAAGCGUCAACAAGCAAAGAGGCGAGCAAGGAGGUGGUAAGCAAAGAGGAGAGCAAAAAGAGUGACGAAGAAGACAAACAAAAAGACAAAGGCGUCCAAGAUGUAGUUUGGGACGAACAGGGGAUGACAUGGGAGGUGUACGGCGCGUCCGUCGACCCCGAAUCGCUCGGUUUCGCCAUCCAGAUCCACCUCCAGUCGAAAAUCAAGGAGCAAGAGAGGAAACUUAUAGCGCAGGCGUCUAUAAGGAAGUCUAUUUCGGACUCGCCCCAGCGCAGGAAGAGCAAGAGAAGGCAGGGGAAUUUUUUCAGGUCAAUGCUACAAAAUGUGAGAAGACCCAACUGCUGCGCGCGCCCCACUCCGUCCUCCGUCCUGGAUUAGCACCCCGGGGCGCCGCGGAGGGCACGGCCAGCUCCUCCUCCUCGUGUGAUGAUUCAAAAAUGCCAAGCGAAAAACAUUAAUGGGACAAAAAUGGGCCCUGUACUGUAAGUAAACUGGAAUGUUGUAGCAUAAAAACGAAGUACUACUAUUUGUGAUGUUUCCGAGCAGAGAAGACAAAAAAGUAGGUUAUAGAGAACAAAUUGAAGACAUAUUUUAUAGAUAUACAUAUAGUCUAUUAUGAAAAGAACUUUUGGAAUAACAAAAGGCAAUAAUAAUGAAAUAGUAAAACGCAUGUUAGUUACAAAGACAGCUAAAGCAAAGAGGGGGUAGGCCUGCCACGAUAACACAUUCUGAAGCUUAAUAUAUUGAGAAAUAUUGCGAUAAAUUAUAUUAUUGAAACUUCUUUAUGCCACUAAAUCGGUUUUUAAAGGUGCACUGUUUAACUUUUUCUCAUGGAGAUGUUAUAGCUUUGCCCAGAAUGUCCCACAGUACGGCAUUAAAGUCAUCUAUCUCUUGCACUGAUUCAAUUACAGGUAUUUUUAUUGCUCAGAAAUAUUUCAAAAAGCAUGCAUCUGUGCUGUGAGUGGGCUGCCUCUCCACAGAGCUGACCCAUAACUUGGCCUGGUGGUGUAACUUAAGUGUUUUAAUGGAGAUCCAAAAGUUUAAGCACCAGAAAUGUUAUGCAAUGCAUCUUUACAUAGAUAGUAUCAUUAAAAAUCAGCAGGGAUAGAUCAAUAUAUUGGUUGGCUGAUAUAUUUUGCCGAUAUUUGGGCUUUUUAACAUAUCCAGUGUUGGGGAGUAACAGAUUACAUGUACCAGAGUUACAUAAUCAGAGUACAAAUUAUGAGUAACUGUAUUCAGUUACAGUUACUGUUUCAAUGAGUGGUAAUUGGAUUACAGUUACUUUGUCAAAAUUAAAUGGAUUACAUGGCGGUAUUUUCCUGUUUUCACAUUUUGGGCUAAACCAGGACUAAACCGGGGUCUAAACCAGAUCUAACCCAGGACUAAACCAGGACUAAACCAGGUCUAAACCAGGUCUAAACCAGGACUAAACCAGGACUAAACCAGGUCUAAACCAGGACUAAUCCAGGUUUAAACCAGGUCUAAAUCAGGAUUAAACCAGGUCUAAACCAGGACUAAACCAGGACUAAACCAGGCCUAAACCAAGUCUAAACCAGGACUAAACCAGGUCUAAACCAGGUCUAAACCAGGUCUAAACCAGGUCUAAACCAGGUCUAAACCUAGGUCUAAACCAGGUCUAAACCAGGAAUAAAUCAGGUCUAAACCAGGACUAAACAAGGUCUAAACCAGGUCUAAACCAUUUCUCUAUCAGUAAUAUGUUUAAUAUGGUUAAGGAAAUACUGGGCUUUUUGUGUCUUUUAGCAGACAAAACAUCUUCGUCUUUGCUUCUCUACAGCAAACAAAAGUCUGUUCAUGGAGACUUGGGCUCAACAGACAAUUUGAAGAGAACAAACAAGAAUUUUCAGGAUGUGGUUGCUACAUCCAUGUAGUUUUAAAAAGCAUGACAAUAUGAAGUAAUCCAAAGUAUUCAGAUUACAUUACCCCCCCUUAAAGUAAUUUAAUGGAUUACGUUACAAACUACAUUUUGGAGUAUGUAAUCUGUAAUCUGUAGGGGAAUACAUUUUAAAAGUAACCCUCCCAACACUGAGCAUAUCAGAUAUCAGCCUUAAAGGUGCAUUGUGUCACUUUUUGGUUGGGAGUCUGUCACCUUCUUGUUUCUAUGGAUACGUCAUUGCUCUGCCUGGAAUGUUCCACAGUAUGACAUUAAACAGCUCAAUUACACGUGGUUUUAUAAUUCAAAAACACCUUGAAAAACUGGCAUUCUGACUGUGAGUGGGGUCGCCUCUCCACAGAUCUGACCUGUAACAGUAACACUUGGUUUGGUUUAAUGCCAUACUGUGAAACAUUCCAGACAAAACAAUAACAUCUGAGGAAUGCAUUUGACGGCCCCUCCACCACAAAAGUUACACAGUGCAGUUUUAAAUCUCCAGCGUAGAUCGAUAUUUAAUUUCAGUCGAUAUCUGCUGCCUAAAAAAUACACACAAAGCUUUAUUUAAACACAAUUUUUUUUACAAAAAUAUGAGUCCAAAAGUGAGACUACACAGCUUUCUUAAAGGUUUGUGAUAAAUAAAAAGUGCUUUCGGCGAAGUUGUAGUAAAUUUAAAUGACAUAACAUGGAGAAAAUAAUCAAAAUAGGUCCUGGAUAUCGGCGAAAAUAUAUCGACAAAGCUUAUUGGCCGUCAUUUUCUCUGGAUUCUAAACAAUCUGAUAAUUACUUAACCAUAAAGGUGACUUAUUCUACCAUCUACAGCUCAAAUCUUACCAUAUUAUGACAAAAAAUAACUAAAUUCUCGCCAUUAUUGCAAAGAAAAAGUUCCCAUGAUAAAUACUGAACCCCAAAACAUAUAAUUCCAGCUUUUAUAUAUUACAUACUUACAUAUAUAUAUAUAUAUAUUUAUAUACAUAAAUCUAUACUGUAAUUAUCGUGACAGGCCUAAGAGGGGGUAGAUUUUGUUGUGCAACUACUUUGUUUUUCGUUACAUUCAGUGCAUCGGAUACGUGUUUUUGAGCUGUAUCUGGGCUCCGUAUAAUAUUGAUAAAAUGGCUGUAAUGUUUUUUUUUUUGGGACAUUUCUUCCACUGAUGACAUCGUGCAGAAAAGGGGCUGUAUACAUGCACUGUUCAACCUGGUCUCCCUUGGGUUUCUAUUAAAAAUACAAAGAGACUCUUGUUAUUACUGUGUGUUUAAUUUACACUUCAAAUGGUUUUCUUACGGGAGUUCUUUAGAAGGAAAGCGACUUACAGCAACAAAAAAAUACAAUAUAAUAAUACUAUUACUCACCAUGUAUUGCACAUUGAAGUAUUUUCAUGAGUACU